GACUGGGCCACUGAACUUCAGAUAUAACCCCAUCACCCCACAAGUACAUGAAAUGGCCAUGGAGUUGGGGGGGGAGGGGGGCCAUGGCCCCCCUCAAGGUGUACGUGGGUCCGUCCCUGCUUGUUGAUGCUGACCAAAAGCAGCAGACUGACCAACUCAUCCAGCUGUGGAUAAGGGGCCUCAAACACGUGCUCUACGAAGCAGACGACUUGCUUGAUGAGCUCCACACUCAACAUUUGCUGCGACAGAGGGAUGGAAAAGAAAAGGGAAAGGGAAAGGUAUGCGACUUGUUCUCAUGCUCAAACUCCAUUGUUUUACGCUACAAAAUUGCUGGCAAGAUUAGCAAGAUUAAAGAGAAAUUUAAUGCUAUUGCUGAACGUGUGUCUAAGCUGAAUUUGAAUCCAAGGGUUGUUGAAAUGAAGCAUGAAAAGAGUGAUUGGAGGGAAACUAGUUCUCUUGUGCACCAAGAGGAUAUCGUUGGCAGGGAGGAAGACAAGAAACACGUAAUUGAUUUAUUGUUGACUAAUAAUAGCAAUCAAAAUGUUUCCUCGGUUGCUAUUGUUGGUAUUGGGGGUUUAGGUAAAACCGCCCUUGCUCAAUUGGUGUACAAUGACGCUGACGUGAGGAGCUUUUUCAGCAAGCGAAUGUGGGUGUGUGUUUCUGAUGAGUUUGAUAUCAAAGUGCUCGUUAAAAAGAUGCUAGAAUCUUUAGCUGACCAGAAAGAGGAUGAUGGUCAACAAUUAGACGGCGACGACAAUAAGCGUGAUCUGAAGUCUUUUCUCACUAGGAGUGGUGAUCAUUCAUUAGAAUCCCUUCAAACUGAGCUUCAAAAAAAUUUGAAUGGGCAAGGAUUUUUGCUUGUUUUAGAUGAUAUCUGGAAUGAGGAUACCGAAAAGUGGUUGCGUUUCAAAGAGUAUUUGAGGUGUGGUGCUAAGCAUAGCAAAAUCUUGUUGACUACACGCAGUCAAACGGCAGCCGAGAAAAUGGAGGUAAAAAUGCCACAUCUUUUGAAAGGACUGGAAAAUGACCAGUCCUGGGCUUUGCUCAAAAGAUUGGCAUUUAAAGAAGAUCAAACCCAAAAUCGUGAGUCCAUUGGCAAAAAAAUUGCAAAAAAAUGUGUAGGUGUUCCGUUAGCAAUAAGAGUCAUGGGAAGCUUGUUGAAAUCAAAAUCAAAGGAAAGUGACUGGGAAGCUAUCUUGGAAGAUGACUUUUGGAAGUCAUUGAAAGAUGAUAAUUCAAUUAUGCCAAUUUUAAAGUUGAGCUAUGAUAGUUUGACAAUUGAAUUAAAACAAUGUUUUGCUUAUUGUUCUCUAUAUCCAAAAGAUUGGCGUUAUAAAAAGGAUGAAUUGAUUGAUUUGUGGAUGGCACAAGGCUUCCUUGAAAAUGGGAAACAAUUUCCGGAAGAUGUUGGGGAAGAGUAUGUUCAUAUUUUGUUGACGAAGUCAUUCUCGCAAGACGUUGAGAUGGAUAAAUUUGGUGAAAUAAAAUAUUUUAAAAUGCAUGAUUUGAUGCAUGACAUGUCCCAGAAAAUUGCUGGCUCUGAUUAUUGCCUAGAUGUUGAUGAGGGGAGAGAAAAUGUUGUAAUGUGUCCUAUACAUGCCACUUUUGGAAAAUGUAGCUUUGGUAGCUCACUAAACAGGGUGGAUCCAAGUAGAUUAAGAACCAUUCUGAAACUAGGGGAGGAAUAUGAAAGGAAUCCAUGCGAUUUAUUUGUGUUCAAACGCUUACACAGUCUAGAUAUUUCAGGGUAUAGGAUAAGGGAUUUGCCUAAAUCAAUAUGUAAAAUGAGUCAUUUGAGGUAUCUUAAUCUCUCUCAUUGUGGAUUGACUUGUUUGCCCAAAGGAAUAAGCAACUUAAUAAAUUUGCAGACGUUGAUAUUGAACGGGUGUCGUCAUCUUAAAUUUUCUGGAGAAAUUAUCACAAAGUUAAUAAACUUGCGCCGACUUGAUAUAAAAGGUUCCAGGGUCUUUGAAGAUGGGAUGCCGAUCGGGUUGGGCAGGAUGGCUACUCUGCAACAUUUGUCAAAUUUUAGAGUGCGUAAUGAUGAUAAGCAGAGAAAGAAGGCGAAAUUAAAUGAAUUGAAAGAACUCAACCUCAGGGGCAAAUUAGCCAUUGAGAAUCUUGGCUUAAUAAGGAAAGUGGAGGAGGAGUCCAAGGAUGUUAAUUUGAGAUCAAAGAAAAACCUCAUUUCCUUGACCCUUCAAUGGGGGAAUGAACAUGGCAGGAGGAAUGCAGAUGCAGAGAUGAAAAGUGCCGAUGCUUUGCAAUUAUUGGAAAAUCUUUGCCCUCAUCCAAAUUUGAAGGGAUUGACAAUAUGGGGGUACCCAGGGGUAUACCCUCCCAGUUGGCUUUUAACAUCCACAAAUCUUGUUCAAUUACGAUUCCUUGGUUGCCGAAAUUGCCAAUACUUGCCAGCAUUAGAAGGACUUGUUUCUCUCAAGACUCUACAUAUAAUUGUGACGGAUGCAUUGGACCACAUACGCUACAAAGGGUGUUCCUCAUCAACUAACUUCUUCCCGUCUUUGGAGGAAUUAAAAAUUUGGAGUUGUAGAAAUUUGAGGGGAUGGCAAAGGGAGGCGGAUGGCCAUAAUACAAGAGAUAAUGAGAGGCGUCAUUCACUGCCUCCAUUUCCACGUCUUUCAUCUCUAGACAUCAGCAAUUGCCCAAACUUGAGCUGCAUGCCUACUUUUCCAAAUCUCGUGAGGCAUUUGGAAUUAUGGGACUAUAGCAUGAAGCCAUUGAUAGACACAUUAAAUGUGAGCUCAACUGGGCCGUCAACAUCACAUGAUUCGGCCCCAUCUCUUUUCAAGCUCAAGGAUCCUCACCUUUCAGAGAUAGACAUAGAAGCAUUACCAGAGGAAUGGAUGCGAAAUCUCGCCAAUUAGAAUUCAAGAGGGCGAAGAAUUGAUAAACGUAUCUUUGGCAAAGGAGAAUUCAAAAGAGUCAUAUCACUUAAGGCUGAGGAAUCUCCAUGAUUAAGAGUGAAGAGAGAUGAUUAAAAUUUUUUGAGUGUUGGCAUGCUAUAUUUAUCUUUUUGUUUCAUUAAAUGUAUGCUACGAAUCUUGUAAGGAUUUUUGAUAUGGUGAAAUUUCUUGGAUUUGGUCCCGUGGUUUUCCCCCCUCAACAUUAGAGGGUUUUCCACAUUAAAUCUUGUGUCAUUUUUACGUUGUUUUAUAUAUUAUACAAUGGAGGUGGGGAAGCAUAUUUCACUGUGCUAUUUUUGUUUGUCCACUCUAAUAUUUGGUAAACCGGAGGCUGUUGAUUAAUAGACAAAUUGGUAGUGAACACUAUUUACGAGACAAUCCAAAAUAGAAGAAUUGAAUUGAAAAUUGAGUUUGUCAAACACUAACCUAAUAACUAGAUGGAAGUUGGAGUAGGGUUGGGAAUAUGGACCAACCCGGAUCAUAUGAGUUGGCCCAUGUGGGUUAAGAAAAUAUGGCUUGGGUGGGAUUCAAUUCAUUUUAUAUGAGUUGAAAAAAUUUUAACCCAAUCUAACC